GUUCGACAUUUGUCAGUUAACUAACCUAAAAAAAUGUUUAAAAAGUUAAUAAACAACCAGAUUUUUCAAGUUUCGGUCAGAAACUACAAGCCCCGCAGGGCUCUAAUGUACGUGCCCGGCAGCGACGAAAGGAAAAUUGAUAAAAUUCGAUCGUUGCAAGUGGAUUGUGUGGCUUUGGAUUGCGAGGACGGUGUGGCGUUGAAUAAAAAGGAAGACGCUAGGAAGUUAAUUACCGAGAAACUAAAAGACAUUAUACCUACUGCUCGAAAUGAUGUAGGAGUACGAGUAAAUUCGAUAGACAGUGGACUAUGCGAAGAAGAUAUUAAAUCUUGUUUAUCCGGAUCACAUUUACCACACACUUUAUUAUUACCUAAAGUAGAAACCACCGAACAUCUAAAAUGGGUUGCAGAUAAACUAAACAACACGUUAGAAACGGGACAGAAGAUAAAUCUUAUCAUUUACAUCGAAUCUGCUAUAGCUUUUAUUAAUUUACAUGAUAUAUGCAAAACGGCUGCGAGUCUUUCUGAGACCGGUAAAUUCACUCCAACUAGCCUAGUAUUCGGUAGUGACGAUUUUUGCGCUAGCAUAGGUGCCACGAGGACGGAGAACUCCAACGAAAUCCUCUAUGCAAGGCAAAAACUAGUUUUAUACGCCAAAGCUUUCAAUCUACAAGCCAUAGAUAUGGUAUAUAUUAAAUACAAAGACCCGGACGGUUUGAAAAGCCAAUGCGAAGAAGGCAUGCGAAUGGGGUACACAGGCAAGCAAGUAAUUCAUCCGAAUCAAAUCGGUAUAGUGCAGGAAUCUUUCAUGCCUUCGAUCGAUACCAUCGAAUGGGCCCAAGGGCUUCUAGAUGCUUUCGAAAGGCACCAAGCUACGGGAAAAGGUGCUUUUACAUAUAGAGGAAGCAUGAUCGAUAUGCCUACUAUGAAGCAAGCGAAAAAUAUCAUAGAUUUAAUUCAAUCUGUUAAAAAAAAGGAUCCCGUGAAUAAUUAGAGCUAUUCUAAUUAUAUCGAUAAGUAGCCGAAUUACCUCGAUGUAACAGGCUGCGUUGGGAGAUGAUCUCUAGUGGCCGUUUAACCGAGUAGUAUAUGAAAUGUCAUCGAUU